AUGAGGGUUUUGUCUUUUAUAGGAGAAGAAAGAGAGAAACGCCCACCACCCAGCUUUUUGUCUCUGCACUCAGUCGAAUGCCACAACUCUUCAAACUCCAGGUCUCCUGCAGGAAUCAAUUUUCAGACACAAAUAAGCUCUUUUUACUCUGAAUUAGGAAUCAGUUUAGAUGCCUACUCCAGGUUACAGCAGGCUGUUUACUGGGCAGAACCUGACAGAUCAAUCACAAGUGUGUCCAUGAGUACUAGUCCAGCUCACACCACAUUCAUCAUAGAGAACCUGAAAGAGAGCUACCAAAUUGGUGAGGAGCUUUUUGUCACGGUGCACGCGAAGGACUCUGACAAUAAAUUCAAGUGUUAUGGAGGUGACUUUUUUCAAGCCAAGCUGUUCUGGUCUAAAUCUAAGGCCAGUGUGUUUGGGGAGGUGCUGGACCUGUGCAAUGGAUCCUACCGUGUGCGUUUUCUCCUGCCAUGGGUCGGUGAAGCUCAGGUGGCUGUGCGUCUGAUUCACUCCAGUGAAGCUGUGGAGGUCCUGAAGCGUCACAGAGAAACUGACUCUGACAGAGUGUACUUUUAUGGAUAUUAUGAGGGAUCAGGACCAGAUAAGACCAGACUGAGUGAAACAGUCAAGUGUAAUGUGAAGUGGGACAAGAAUGGACUAGAGAGCAUGAGAACUGGAGACUGUUGCUGUGAAUACAACGAUCCCCGUACUGGAGAAACAUGGCGCUGUCAGAGACCCAAAUCACUGCCAUGCAGUGCUCUAGUGCACCACUCUAUGGGUGGUUAUACAGCCAGUUUGACUAAUAAAGACAAGAUGCUUCUGAAGCAAACUAACAAAUAUAUCAAUGGCGAUAAGAGCAUCAUCAAAAUUGUUCCUUCCCAUGGAAAUAAAAAUAUUGAUGUAACAGAGAAAUGUCGUCCUGGUUUACACACUCCAGUUCCGGCCGGCUUUUACCUGAAUGAUGUGUGGACUUCUUUUGUCUGUAGCACCCGCCAUUUUACAACCCAAAGGAUAACAGAGUGCCUGAAAAACAAACACAUCUACAUGAUGGGAGACUCGACUCUGAGACAGUGGUUUGAGUUCUUUGUGAAUGAAGUACCAGUGCUAAAGCAGAUGAUUCUGCAUGUCCAAUAUCAGUCAGGACCGCUCCUAGCAGUGGAUGUGGAGAACAACAUUGAUUUACACUGGAGGGCUCACGGUGUUCCUCUGCGCACUCGAAAAACAGCAUUUGCCAAUCUGCACUAUAUCAGUAAUGAGAUCGAUGACCUGGCUGGAGGACCCCACACGGUCAUUAUAUUCAAUCUGGGGCCCCAUUUCACCACCUACCCUCUGGAUUUCUUCACCCAGAGAGUGUUGAGGAUCCGCAAAGCUGUUCUAGCACUGUUACAGCGCGCACCUGAAACUAUGGUGAUAAUCAAGACUGUCAACACUGGCUAUAAGGAUAUUUUCGGCAGUGACUGGUAUUCUCUUCAGUUGGACAGAAUUCUGCGGUGGGCAUUUCAAGAUGUUGGUGUUUAUAUUCUGGAUGUGUGGCAAAUGACAGCCUGUCACUACAACAAUGAAGACAUCCAUCCAGGCCCUGUCAUCAUCAAAAAUGAGAUUGACAUUUUACUAUCUUUUAUUUGCCCUGAAUGAAUUUAAAUAAAAUUUUACUACAUUUGAAAAUCCAGGUAAUGUAUAGGAAAACUUGAAAUACUGUGUGACAGUGUUUAAAACAAGUUAAUUAUCUAAAUGUGCUCCAUGUGUGCUGUCCUGGAUGAUUAUCUUAACAUCCUCUUCCUGAUCUUUAUUAAUAAAACAACUUUAAACUUUAACUGCAGCUGAGUAAUGACAUUUACAUAGAAGCCUCUUUCUGCCACAUAAAAAUGCUAAAUUAUAACAUAAAGUCAAAUUAUGACAACCAUAAUCAUGAAGUUAAAAGUCA